AUGUCCACUUCCAUGAAACACAAGAGUAUACCAGCAACAUUCAACGAAAAAGAGCCCGCUGCUACUGCAAAGUCUCCGAGACCCACAUCUGCGCCGUACCCAAACUUUUCCAAACCUCUGGCAAAAGAAACUGCACCUACUACAGAACCCAAAUUAGUUGCCGCCGAAGAACUACAGGCCCGGAUCAAAGCUGCGAGAAGGAGCAGAACCGCUACUCAGCCACUGCCUGAAGCAGUACGACGCAAACUCGACCAUUCGUCCGACCUCAUACACCCAGCCCUGCGCGCCAGGAGCGGCGUCACACCAAACUCCAACCGGCCCACCAGUCACAGGACCAAGAGUCGUGAAGAUCUAUCCAUCGAUGCUGUGAUUCGGCGCCUGUCGAUGGAGAUAGAUGGACAGAACAGCACCAAAGGACGCCAACUUCCAGACGACAUACCUCCAGUACCGACGUUACCAGCCUUUCCGCCCGCUGCGAGCUAUCGUCCACGACCCCGCCCGACCGCGAGCAGAAGGUCUUCCAUGACGAUGAGACGAAGUCCCUUGUCAAAUGUUUCGUCUCCGGACGACUCUGCAGAGACUUCCUCCCACACAUCCAGACGUACUUCAGCUUCUUCUCGCACAUCCAAGUCCGAAGAGUCUAAAGACGGCGGUGACGAUAACGACGAGAUGGUGCGAGUUAUCACUACAGAAACAUCGAAAGCUAGGCUCGCAAAGCGGAAGCAUAUCUCGGAACCUCCGGCUGUAUCUCAGCCCCCUCCCUCGAUUUUGCGAUCCACAUCACAGCGGGCCAAGAGUCGGAGUUCAUGGCACACAAUCUCUCGACGCAGUAUACUCUGCUCAGUAUGA